AUGUCGACCAUCGCGCAUCCGGGCGGCGCGGGCCUUCCUGAUGAUAAUCAAGGGCCACGCAUCCUGGCGGCCACCAGCAUUGUGACUGCUGGGGCUGCAAUCACUGUGCUCGCCCGCAUGUAUGUCCGCGUUUUCCUCAUCCGCAAUGUGGGGUUUGAUGAUUAUACCAUGCUGCUGACCAUGAUCUUGUCCCUCAGCGGAUGGGGAAUCAUCAUUCCAGAAGUCAUCUACGGCGCGGGUCGACAUACGGCCUACGUCGAAAAGACAGCUACCAAAGCGAUGCAUCUGAACUUUGCUACCCAGGCGAUAUACAUGUGGGCUAUUGGACUCGUCAAGAUCUCCAUCGGACUGUUCCUGCUACGAUUUGCACCGCGCAAGGGCUAUCGCAUUUUCAUCUGGGUUGUCAUCGCUCUGAUGCUCAUUUACACCACAAUCUGUUUCUUCACACUCAUUUUCCAAUGCCAUGACAUGCGGAGUAUUUGGGAUUUCUCGGUCAAGUCGAAAUGCUUUGCCCCGAUACAGCUGUUGAAACUGAGUUAUACGAAUACAGCUUUAAACAUCCUGACUGAUUUGAUCUUCGCCAUUCUCCCUAUCUUCAUGCUCAGACAUCUCCAAGUCAACAAGCGAACCAAGGCUUCGUUGAUCUGCAUCCUGGGAUUGGGUAUCUUUGCCUGCGCCGCAGCGAUCGUGAAGCUCACCGUGCUUCCCAACUACGGUCGCACGGGCGACUUCCUCUGGGAUUAUUCUACUCUCACGAUCUGGGUUGUGUACGUCCCCCUUCAAUACCCUGCACGUCAAUCCUCCUCAUACGCUAACAAUACCCCCCUGCGAAGUGUCGAAUCCAACAUGGGCAUCGUGGCUGGCAGCCUCCCGACCUUGAAACCCCUCUUUAAGCAAGUGCUGGGCAGCUACGGCUCACGCUACAAAUCGCGACCCUACAACUACCCCCAGCAUAACACAUACGGCAGCAAGGCCUACCGUCUGCGCUCCAUGUCCCGCUCGCAGCAGCACGGCCAGUCGCAGACCCAAGCCAGCCACCACGACCCCGAGCCCUUCCCCAAGAAAGCGACGGCAACCACCACCACAACCACCGCCACGGCGACCUCGUUCCCGGGGCACGACAGCAGCGAUAACUCGAGCGAGGAAUACAUCCUCUCGCCGCAUGAGCAUGACACAAUCAUGUUGACGACAGAGGUGACCGUGUCACAUUCGAUGCAAGCCCAGGCGGGGCGGAGUCGCUCGGCGGCUGCAUCGCAGGGUCGGGGGUUCGAUCGGCCGGGGCCGGGGAUGGUGUAG